CAGGUGAGGCGCGGUCCUCCUGGGCCUCUCACUUCCGCCCAGGUGAGGGAGGGCUGACGCCGAGUCCGCCCGCCCGCUCCGGGCUCCCACCGGCGCCGCCGCCGGACCAGGUUUCUUUAAAAGUGAUUGAAGACAGUAAUUCAAAAUGCCUGAAAAUCCUGCUACAGAUAAAUUGCAGGUCCUGCAAGUUCUUGAUCGCUUGAAAAUAAAAUUGCAGGAGAAGGGUGACACUUCACAGAAUGAGAAGCUCUCUAUGUUUUAUGAGACACUAAAGAGCCCUCUUUUCAACCAGAUACUCACUCUUCAACAGUCCAUCAAGCAACUGAAGGGGCAACUCAGCCAUCUACCCUCAGAUUGUUCAGCCAACUUUGAUUUUUCUAGGAAAGGUUUAUUGGUGUUCACGGAUGGUGCCAUUACUAAUGGGAAUGCCCAUAGGUCCUCUAAUAACUUGACUGUAUCUGGGUUGUUUCCUUGGACCCCAAUGUUGGGAAAUGAAGAUUUUAACUCAAUCAUGCAACAGAUGGCUCAGGGCCGGCAAGUUGAAUAUAUAGAUAUAGAACGGCCCUCAACUGGAGGCCUUGGAUUCAGUGUGGUGGCCUUCAGAGGUCAAAAUCUGGGAGAAGUCGACAUUUUCGUGAAGGAAGUGCAGCCAGGGAGUAUAGCUAGCAGGGAUCAAAGGUUAAAGGAAAAUGACCAAAUAUUGGCUAUUAAUCACACACCACUGGAUCAGAACAUUUCCCACCAGCAAGCAAUUGCAUUGUUACAACAAACCACUGGAUCUUUGCAUCUGGUUGUGGCCAGGGAACCAGUCCACACAAAAAGCAGCACUUCUACUGGCCUAACUGAUGCAAGUCUGCCUGAAACAGUUAGUUGGGGCCAUAUUGAAGAUGUUGAGCUUAUUAAUGAUGGCUCUGGAUUAGGUUUUGGAAUAGUUGGAGGAAAAUCGAGUGGUGUAGUUGUGAGGACUAUAGUUCCUGGAGGAUUAGCAGAUCGAGAUGGAAGACUCCAGACAGGGGAUCACAUCUUGAAGAUUGGUAGCACAAAUGUGCAGGGAAUGACCAGUGAGCAAGUUGCACAAGUGCUGAGGAACUGUGGGAAUUCUGUCAGGAUGCUUGUUGCAAGAGACCCAGUUGGUGAAAUUUCCAUAGCCCCUCCUAACCCUGCAGCCUUACCUGUUGCCCUGCCUGCUGUGGCCAACAGGAGCCCUAGUUCUGACAAUUCUACUCUUUUUGAAACUUAUGAUGUUGAACUCAUUAAAAAAGAUGGACAAAGUCUUGGAAUUAGAAUUGUUGGUUAUGUUGGAACCGCUCAGACAGGAGAAGCUUCAGGGAUUUAUGUGAAAAGUAUAAUACCUGGCAGCGCUGCAUACCACAAUGGUCAAAUUCAAGUGAAUGACCAAAUAGUUGCUGUCGAUGGUGUGAAUAUUCAGGGUUUUGCCAACCAGGAUGUUGUUGAAGUGUUAAGAAAUGCAGGGCAAGUGGUACACCUAACCCUAGUUCGAAGGAAAACAUCCUCAUCUGCUUCUCCACAUGAAGGGCCCUCUGACAGAGGAACUGUGGUAGAACCACCAAAAACACCAGCGCUCUUUCUGACUGGAGCAGUGGAAAAGGAAACUAAUUUCAGUGAAGAUGAGGAAACUGAAGGAAGAAUGGAUAAUCUAAAAAAUGGCAAUAUACAAGCCUUAGAAAAACUGGAAGGAGUCCCAGCCUCUUUAGAAAAUGAGCUGAAAUCCAGAUGGGAAAACCUACUGGGCCCUGAUUAUGAAGUAAUGAUUGCUACUUUGGACACACAGAUUGCAGACGAUGCUGAGUUACAGAAAUAUUCAAAGCUGCUGCCCAUUCACACUCUGAGGCUUGGCAUGGAGGUGGAUUCCUUUGAUGGGCACCAUUAUAUCUCUUCGAUUGCUCCAGGUGGUCCUCUUGAUACACUGAACCUCCUACAGCCAGAAGAUGAGCUCCUUGAGGUCAAUGGAGUGCAGCUCUACGGGAAAUCUCGCCGAGAAGCAGUCUCCUUUCUUAAAGAAGUGCCGCCCCCCUUUACCUUGGUUUGCUGUCGACGGUUGUUUGAUGAUGAAGCCUCUGUAGAUGAACCAAGGACCACUGAAACCUCUCUUCCUGAAAUGGAGGCUGACCACAAUAUAGAUGUCAAUACUGAAGAAGAUGAUGAUGGGGAAUUAGCCCUGUGGUCUCCUGAAGUCAAGAUUGUUGAACUAAUAAAAGAUCAUAAAGGCUUGGGAUUCAGCAUUUUGGAUUACCAGGACCCCUUGGAUCCCACAAGAUCAGUGAUUGUGAUUCGCUCCCUGGUGGCAGAUGGUGUGGCAGAAAGAGGCAGAGAACUAUUACCUGGAGACCGCCUGGUCUCAGUCAAUGAAUACUGUUUGGACAACACCACACUUGCUGAAGCUGUGGAAGUGUUGAAAGCUGUGCCACCAGGCAUUGUACACCUUGGCAUCUGUAAGCCUUUGGUGGAAGGUGAUAAAGAGGAAGAAAAUCAUAUUUUACAUUCAAACAAUAAUGAAGACAAGACUGACAUUUCAGGAACAGUUCAUGAUAUAAAUUCAUCUUUAAUACUUGAAGCACCCAAGGGAUUUAGAGAUGAGCCCUAUUUUAAAGAAGAGCUUGUGGAUGAGCCAUUUCUAGAUUUGGGAAAGGCUUUCCAGUCCCAACAAAAAGAGAUAGACGAUAGUAAGGAGGCCUGGGAAAUGCUUGAAUUUAUGGCGCCUAGAUUGCAGGAAAUGGGUGAAGAAAGAGAAAUGCUUGUUGAUGAAGAAUAUGAGCUCUAUCAAAACCACUUUCAGUCCAUGGAAUCGUAUCCCUCAUCUCACAUUCAAGAGGCUGCUCCUGUUCCAUCCAUGAAGGAGCUUCACUUUGGUACACAGUGGUACCAGGAUUGUGAACUGCCUGAGCCUCAAGAAGCCAGGUCCAUGAUGAGCGUGUAUUCCCAGGAGAUGCAGCAGUGUGGCUAUAGCACUGAAAAGAUGAUGAAAGAAAACUUUGGCAUCGAUUCCCUAUCCUCCAUACCCUCAGCUGAAGGAAACAGUCAACAAAGCAGAUUUGAUGAUCUGGAAAAUCUUAAUUCGUUAACGGAAAGUAGUCUGGAUUUAGGCAUGAUGAUUCCAAAUGACGUUCAAGGUCCUGGCUUGCUUGUUGAACUUCCUGCUGUGGCUCAAACAAGGGAGCAAGAAGACUUGCCUCUAUACCAGCUCCCCAGGGCUCUAGCUGUUUCCAAGGCCUCGGCAUACAUAGGAAUGUUGUCUUCUAGGCAUGCCACUGAUGCAUGUGAAUUACCUGAGAGAGAAGAAGGUGAAGGAGAAGAAACUCCAAACUUCAGCCACUGGGGACCACCAAGAAUUGUUGAGAUUUUUAGAGAACCAGAUGUAUCUCUUGGUAUUAGUAUUGUUGGUGGACAAACUGUUAUAAAACGCCUGAAGAAUGGAGAGGAGCUUAAGGGUAUAUUUAUCAAACAAGUUUUGGAAGACAGUCCAGCAGGAAAAACAAAUGCUCUUAAAACUGGAGAUAAAAUACUUGAGGUGUCUGGAGUAGAUUUGCAGAAUGCCUCUCACAGAGAAGCGGUUGAGGCCAUUAAGAAUGCAGGAAACCCUGUGGUGUUUGUUGUUCAGAGCUUGUCAUCCACUCCAAGAGUCAUUCCUAGUGCACAUAACAAGGCCAAAAAAAUCACUAAUAACGAGGACCAAGACACCCAAGAAAAAAAAGAAAAGAGGCGAGGAACUGCUCCACCUCCAAUGAAACUGCCGCCUCCUUAUAAAGCUCCAUCUGAUGACAGUGAUGAAACUGAAGAAGAAUAUGCAUUUACCAACAAAAAAAUCAGGCAAAGAUAUGCAGACCUGCCUGGAGAAUUGCACAUUAUUGAACUUGAAAAGGAUAAGAAUGGACUUGGACUCAGCCUUGCUGGUAACAAAGACAGGUCACGCAUGAGCAUAUUUGUGGUGGGAAUUAACCCCGAAGGACCCGCUGCCACGGACGGGCGAAUGCGUAUUGGAGAUGAAUUGUUGGAGAUAAACAAUCAGAUCCUGUAUGGAAGAAGUCAUCAAAAUGCAUCUGCCAUUAUUAAGACUGCCCCGUCAAAGGUCAAGCUUGUUUUCAUCAGAAAUGAAGAUGCGGUCAAUCAGAUGGCCGUUACUCCCUUUCCAUUACCAUCAAGUUCCCCAUCUUCUGCUGAGGAUCAGAGUGGCACCAGUGAGGAAGACAGCAGUCUCGAAGCUUGUAUCAAACAAUUGCCUAAAAGUGAAAGCUCCAAACUGGAAGACAUCUCCCAAGUGGUUGGUCAAGGUGUGGUGGCAGGUCAGCAGAAGGCACUGGAAUGUCCAACUGACAGCGCCGGCAGCCAAAUGAAACAGCAAAAAUAUUCAACGAAAGUCUCCUUCAGUUCACAAGAGAUCCCUUUAGCACCAUCUUCAUACCAUUCAGCAGAUGCAGACUUCACAGGCUAUGGUGGUUUCCAUGCUCCUAUGUCAGUGGACCCUGCCACGUGUCCCAUUGUUCCUGGCCAGGAAAUGAUUAUAGAAAUAUCCAAGGGGCGUUCAGGGCUUGGUCUCAGCAUUGUGGGAGGAAAAGACACACCCUUGGAUGCUAUAGUUAUACAUGAAGUCUAUGAAGAAGGGGCAGCAGCCCGAGAUGGAAGACUUUGGGCUGGUGACCAGAUAUUAGAGGUUAAUGGGAUUGACCUGCGGAGUGCCAGCCACGAAGAAGCCAUCACGGCCCUGAGGCAGACCCCCCAGAAGGUGCGAUUGGUGGUGUAUAGGGACGAGGCGUACUACAGGGAUGAGGAGAACUUGGAGGUUUUCCCCGUGGAUCUGCAGAAGAAGGCUGGCCGAGGCCUGGGCCUGAGCAUCGUUGGGAAGCGGAAUGGAAGUGGAGUGUUUAUUUCUGACAUCGUGAAAGGUGGAGCUGCAGACCUUGAUGGGAGAUUGAUUCAGGGAGACCAGAUCUUAUCUGUGAAUGGGGAGGACAUGAGAAGUGCCUCCCAGGAAACAGUGGCCACUAUCCUCAAGUGUGCACAGGGACUUGUGCAGCUAGAGAUUGGAAGACUCCGAGCUGGUUCCUGGACCUCCUCGAGGAAGACAUCACAGAACAGUCAGCAGAGUCAGCAAUACUGGGAAGCAGGAAGUGGUUUGUGGUUUUAAAUAGGGUAGUUGGGUGAGCUUUAUUCAGACAGCAAUAUUUAAGGAAACGUUUAAAGCAGGUGCACAUACAACCGGGUGGGUGUCUGAAGGAAGAGCACAGAUAAUGGCAUCUGCCUCUAGUGGAUCAGGUGGCCAAUGCCAAGGUCCUCAAGCAGGAGGUGCCUGUUAAACAGGAGAAAGAUCAAGGAAUCCAGAGUGAACAAGGGAAGACUAAUAGGGAACAAUGCCAGAAAGACAGAAGUGCCUCAAGUGUUUUAGACCUGGAGACUGGGUGCUCUUCAUAAUGUGGAAGGAUGUAUCCCCAAAGAACCAACUCCAGCCACGGUGGGUGGGGCCUUACCAGGUUCUGCUAGUAACUUGCUCAUCUGUUAAAUCAACAGGAGUCAAGCCGUGGAUCUGCUGCAUACGGUUGAAGCUGGCUUCUGACCCAACUACAAGUCCACAGUCCUCGGCAGUUACAGAAAAGACAACCACAAUGCUGACUGAAAGCCAGUGCUCCUUCCUACAAGUCUAGACUGGGGCUUCAGUUAAAAUUAAAGAAAGUAUCUUAGAUAAGUAGUGAAUGACUUGUGGCCAUUCAUAAUAACAUUUGUAAUUGGCUGGAGCAUUUUUCUGAUUUAUUAUUUGCUUAGAUCCCUUUGCUUGCUUCUUGAUUCAUGUAAUCAUUGUACCUGUGAUUAUAUUGCAGUCAAUCAAACCUGUAAUUUGUUGUGAUAUUACAUAACGCUUGCUCUAUUUUAAUUUAACCCUUGUGAUAAUAGGGUUAAUACCAAAGUUUAGGGUUACUGCUAUUUUCCCAGACAAGCUGUUGGCCUGAACUCUAAUGAUGCCUCUUGCUUUUCUUUACUGUCUCAUCCCACUGGUGUCUGCUGCUUCCUGGGAGGAAAAUACUCUCAUUAGGUUGUCUCAGAGUUUAGCCAGAAGUAGUAAUUUAAGUAAUUGUUGGAUAUGUCAUUUGAAAUCUGAAACCAUCCAGGAAAACUAUGUCCCAUUUGUGAUCCCUGUAACUGAGUUUUAUACUGUGCCAGAACCCAUAACCUACUAUAAUCUUCCUCCUUCAGGCCUCACAUUCCAAGUUAAUCUAAUUCAGGCAAUUCAGAAUAUGCCAACACCUUGCUUCAACCUGUCUGAAGUAAUUUCCAUUGGAGGGCAAGUUACUACAGGUCCCCCGCGUUCCCUCGAUUUUCUCCUGAAAAAAUGUGAUGACCAAAAUCCCGUGAAUUGUACACUUGACAAAUGUGUAAGGGCUAAAAAUGACACGAAUUUAUGCCAGAAAGCCAGACAAGUUGGAUAUCAUGUAAACGGAAUAUGGAAGGCUUGCAGUGGCACUGACCCCUGGCUUGAUAACAUAAUCUCUGAACUCCCCAAAAAUGAAAGAAUUGAUGACACUACCAUGGGAGGUAUAACUUGCUCCCCUCCAGGAUAUAUCUUUGUCUGUGGCACAGGGAGUGACUCACCAACUCAAGGAUGGGCAUUUCGCUGCUUAGACAGCUGGGAAAUUGAAGGGUCAUGCCUACUGGGAUAUUUUAGGAUCCCUUUCUCCUUGCACAGCGUGGAGAGCAUCACUUCCCUCUCUAAAUCAAACACACAUCUUAAAAGAGAGAUAUUGGAAGGGUAUGAGGACAAUAUAGGACAAAGUAUUUUUGGCAGCUCCAUACCAUCUUCCAGACUUUAUGUCAAUAGAGAUAUGAUUCAUAACCUAUCUGACACAAUUGGGCAAAUUGCUGAGGACAUAGCUAAAAGUAUUGCAGCCCAACAAACAUCUUUGAACUCAUUGGCUCGAGUGGUCCUGGAUAAUAGAAUAGCCCUUGACUUCCUGUUGGCAAAACAAGGAGGAGUAUGUGCAGUGGCUCAUACCACAUGCUGUACAUACGUCAAUACCUCUGGAGAAGUUGAAACCCGAGCCAACAGAAUAAUUCAAAAGGCUACCUGGUUACAGGAUGUACGUAAAGAGGACAUGCACCAGGACUUAUUUUCCUGGGUACUAUCUGGAAUAGGGGGACUCUUUUGAGUACUGUUCCAAGGCUCCAUUUGAUCAUCAUCCUCUUUUCAAUGUGUUUAUUAAUUUUCAAAUAUUUGUCCAGAUGCUAUGGCAAAGUGGUCAAAGAGAGAGAUAAUGUGUUCAUAAUGCAAAAUACUUAUGCUAGGCCUGGGACUUGAGAAUUCUUUGAAAACAAGGUCCAAGUCUUUCUCUCCUCUAAUCCUGAAGAAUUGACAUCGCCCCUGUUCAGCAGGAAGUAGCCAGAGCGGUCGUCGCCCCAUUCCCCUCAGGAUUGAGGAUUAUCGAAGAGAAGAGGGAACUGAAACGGAGUAGGAACCUGCAGGGCCUUCCUGGGUAUAAUCCCCUCUUGUCCCCACUUCUUGUUUGUAGAAAAAGCUUGAGUUUUUGAGGCCUUCCCAGAGUUCUAAAGAGCAGACUCAAGCAGUUAAUGAUUACAGAAGUGAGGAAAUGCAGAAACAAAGGAAAAGCAAUCAAGCAAGAAAAGUUCAGCCAUAAAACAGAAUCAUGGGACUCCUAGUUCCUCCUCAAGGGAUAUAGAUAACAAUCUGAUGCAACGUAUCUCUGAGUUGUUUUACAGAAACCAAGACCCCAUGAUGAAACCUGAUGACCACAGCUAAGGAGACCUAGGCAAGUUGGAGCCAGAAGAGUGAUGAUCAAGAUGCCAGAUAUCACUUUGUUGCUUAACACCCAACCAAUCAGAAGAAUCCAUGAGCUAAUUACAUGCUUAAGACCCUUAUCCUUAAUUUUAGUCUUUAAAAACACUUGCCUGAAAGCCAUCAGGGAGUUCAGGUCCUUUAAGCAUUAGCUGCCCAUUCUUCUUGCUUGGCACCCUGCAAAUAAAUGCUGUACUUUCCUUCAUCACAA